AUGAUAAAUGAUAAUUAUAACCAUACUAUUGAAGAAACGGAUCAACGUUUCUUCAAUGGCUGUAAAAGUCAUCCACCAUGUCCACCGGGUCUAAUAUGUGCCGAAAAAUUAGUACCAUGCAUUAGUCGAUCAUGCCGUAAAAUUGCAAAAUGUGUUCCACCAGGAACAUGUGAAGCAAUGGAAUGUCCACCAUCACAUAAAUGCGUGAUGAACCCCGGUCCAACGUGUGUCAGAACAAUUUUAACUGCUGAAGAUGUUGCGAAAAUGAACCAAAACUAA